AUGAAAAUCAAAGCCCUUUCCCGCCCCACGGCGUCCCAGCAGGCCCCCGGGUCGACGACUGUUCGCCAGUCGCGGAAUCUCGAUCCAAGCCAGCAUCCAUUCGAGCGUGCUCGAGAAUAUACUCGUGCUCUCAAUGCCGUGAAAAUGGAACGUCUGUUUGCCGCCCCAUUCCUGGCCCAGAUGGGUAACGGACAUGUGGACGGCGUGUAUACCAUGGCGAAAGAUCCCGGCUCACUAGAACGGUUUGCUAGCGGCAGUGGUGAUGGCGUGGUAAAAGUGUGGGAUCUCACGAUCCAAGACGAAGUGUGGAAUACGCAGGGCCAUGAGAAUAUGGUCAAGGGUCUGUGUUGGACCCCAGAGCGAAAACUCCUGUCAUGCGCAAGCGACAAGACCGUCAAGUUGUGGGACCCGUACAACUCGACGCCCGAGUCGCCGCCGCUGGCGACAUACUUGGGCUCAACUGCCUUCACCGGCAUCUCGCACCACCGUGACCACUCUUCGUUUGCGGCGUCUUCCUCUGUCAUCUCCAUCUACGACCUCUCCCGGCCGUCUUCUACGCCCUCGCAAACUCUCCAUUGGCCAACAAGCGUCGACACCAUUACCUCCGUCGCAUUCAACCAGACCGAAACGUCCAUUCUUGCCUCGACCGCCAUGGAUCGCUCCGUUAUUAUGUACGACCUGCGGACCUCGUCGCCAGUCCACAAGUUGACUCUACGCUUGGCAUCCAACGCCGUCUCAUGGAAUCCAAUGGAGGCCUUUAACUUUGCCGUGGCGAACGAGGACCACAACGCCUAUAUCUUUGACAUGAGAAAGACGGAUCGGGCGUUGAACGUGCUGAAGGACCAUGUGGCCGCCGUGAUGGAUGUUGAUUUUAGCCCAACAGGCGAGGAAUUGGUGACAGCAUCAUACGACAGGACAGUGCGGUUGUGGAGCAGAAACCACGGCCAUUCCAGGGAUUGUUACCACACAACGCGGAUGCAGCGUGUCUUCUCCGCGAAAUUCACCCCGGACAACAAGUACCUUCUGUCCGGGUCGGACGAUGGCAAUAUUCGUCUGUGGCGCACCAACGCAUCUGAUCGCAGCGGGAUCAAGAGUGCUCGUCAGCGCGCGAAAUUGGAGUAUGACCAGGCUCUGAUCAAGCGUUACGGACACAUGCCUGAGAUCCGCCGCAUCAAACGCCAACGUCACCUGCCGAGAACGGUCAAGAAGGCGGGCGAGAUCAAGCGCGAAGAAGUGGCUGCUAUCAAGAGACGCGAGGACAACGUGCGCAAGCACACCAAGAAGAGCGAUUUAAAGCCGAGACAGAACGAGCGCGAGAAGAUGAUCCUUGCGCGGGAGCAAUAA